GUGUGUGUGUGUGUGUGUGUGUGUGUGUGUGUGUGUGUGUGUGCGUGUGUGUGUGUGUGUGUGUGUGUGUGUGUGUGUGUGUGUGUGUGUGUGUGUGUGUGUGUGUGUGUGUGUGUGUGUGUGUGUGUGUGAGAGAGAAAGAGAGAGAGUGACAGAGAGGGCGUUACGAUGGCUUGGACCUAGUUAUCCAUUGCGUAAAGGGACUCUUAAUUCUUGGCUGUAAUCUGCAAGCAACUGGACACGUAGAUGACACACUGCACUGUUCUCCUUUUUAAAGGCACUCCGAGGGGAAGCAGGACGAGGUCAUGGCCACUGAGAGUUUGAUUCGACACGUGGAAAGAGACGUACAGGCUACGUCGCUGCCAGACUGGAUGGAGGACACAAAUGAGACCGCGGGGAAUCAAUUCCAGCAGCCUGACUGGCAGGUGGCUCUGUGGGCAUUAGCAUACUCCCUUAUCAUUCUGGUGUCUGUCACUGGAAACGUCACGGUCAUCUGGAUCAUUCUGGCCCACCGGCGAAUGAGGACUGUGACCAACUACUUUAUCGUCAACCUGGCCUUCUCUGAUGUUUCCAUGGCAACGUUCAACACCCUGUUCAACUUUGUCUAUGCGCUGCACAACGACUGGUACUUUGGCCUGGGCUAUUGUCGAUUCCAGAACUUCUUCCCCAUCACCGCCAUGUUUUCGUCCAUUUACUCCAUGGCUGCCAUCGCAGUGGACAGAUACAUGGCCAUCAUCCACCCUUUGAAGCCCCGCCUCUCCUCCGCCUCCACCAAGGUUGUGAUCACGCUCAUAUGGAUCGUGGCAAUCUUACUGGCGUUCCCACAGUGCUACUACAGCGUGACCAGGUUUUACUACCCCAGAACUGUUUGUAUGGUCGACUGGCCGGACGACUAUGGAGGAACCCAUCAACUCAGCUACCAGUAUGCCGUGAUAUUGCUGAUCUACCUGUUCCCCCUGCUGGUAAUGCUGGUCACCUACAGUUUGGUAGGCAGGACCCUGUGGGGCGGUCACAUCCCAGGGGAGGCCUCGGACCACUACCACAGCCAGAUCACAGCAAAGAGAAAGGUAGUAAAGAUGAUGGUUGUUGUGGUGGUGACCUUUGCUCUGUGCUGGUUGCCCUACCACACCUACUUCAUACUGGGAUCAUUCAAUAGAGACAUUUACAAGCAACAUUACAUUCAACAGGUUUACCUGGCCAUUUUUUGGUUGGCAAUGAGCUCGACUAUGUACAACCCUAUUAUUUACUGCUGUCUGAACCAAAGGUUCCGUGCUGGUUUCCGUCACGCCUUCUCUUGGUGUCCCUUCAUCAAGGUCUCAGAGGAGGACAAGAUGGAGCUGCAGCACACACAUACCUUCAGAGUGACCAUGACACGUGGUCAAGGCAAUAGCAGCAUGCGCACGUCCAUACACGCAAACAACACUUGUGACGCAAGCAAAGGCUGUGGGCAAGGUUCAUGCACAUUGUAAAGGAUGACAUCAUAUGGACAUUCCAAGUGUGUACUCACAUUAUUCUUUAUGUCACAUGUGUCAAAGUCAAGGCCGGGGGCCAGAUCUGCCACGUCACGUUACUCAAUGUGGUCUGCCACGCCUUUCAACGUGACCUGUUACGUUAUAUUCAAUGCGAACUGUUACAUCAUUUAAUGUGGUUUGCAAAGUCACAGGGCCUGCAAAUUUGAUGUGGCCUGCCUUACUAUUUACAUUGCAUCCGGAAAGUAUUCACAACGCUUCACUUUUUCCACAUUUUGUUCCAAAAUGGAAUACAUUAAUUUUGGGCGUUAAAAUUAUGCACAGAAUAUCCCAUAAUGGCAAUGACAAAAGUUUUAUAUUUUAAAUUUUUGCAAAUGUGGUAAAAAUUAAAAACAUGUACAUGCUGUAAGUAUUCAAAGCCUUUGCUCAAUACUUUGUUGAUGCACCUUUGGCAGCCUAAUUACAGCCUCGAGUCUUUUUGAUUACAAUGCACACGCUUGGCACACCUAUCUUUGGGCGGUUUUGCCCAUUCCUCUUUGCAGCACCUCUCAAGCUCCAUCAGGUUGGAUGGGAAGUGUUGGUUUUCAUCCAGGAUGUCUCUGUACAUUGCUGCAUUCAUCUUAGUCUAGUCAGGGAGGUGACCAAGAGCCUGAUGGUCACUCUGUCAGAGCUCCAGCAUUCCUCGAAAGCAGUGUUUUUCAACCUUUUCUGAGCCAAGGCACAUUUCUUUCAUUGAAAAAAUUCUGAGGCACACCACCAGCAGAAAACAUAAAAAAAUUAAACUCAGCAGCCGAUAUUGACAAUAAAAAGUCAUUCUCGCAAUUGUUGGAUAUGAAUUCAAACCAUAACCAAGCAUGCAUCACUAUAGCUCUUGUCUCAAAGUAUGUGUACUGUCACGACUUGUCACAUCACGCCGUGACUUAUUUGGAAUUUUUUUGCUUUUUUUCCUGUGUGUAGUGUUUUAGUUCUUGUCUUGCGCUCCUAUUUUAUGUCUUUCUUGAGUGCUAUUCCCCUCACCUGCUUUGUUUUAGCAAUCAAGGCUAUUUAAGUUGUGCGGAAGCUAUCCUUCUUUGUGGGGACAUUGUUGAUUGUCGUGUCAUGUAAGGAUGUACUUUGUGGACGCCAUCUGCUCCACACGCUGUAAGUCUUUGCUGUCGUCCAGCAUUCUGUUUUUGUUUACUUUGCAGCCAGUUCAGUUUUAGUUUCGUUUUGCAUAGCCUUCUCUAAGCUUCAAUGCCUUUUCUUCGGGGCACUCACCUUUUGUUUAUUUUUGGUUUAAGUGUUAGAAAGCUUUUUACCUACACGCUGCCUCCCGCAUAUUGUGAUCACGACAAAACAUGUUCCCGACAUCUACAAAGCAAUUAGCUACUUGCUGCCACCUACUGAUAUGGAAGAUUAUUACAUGGUUAUGCUGCCGAGCUCUAGACAGCACCGACACUCAACAACGGCACAUUUGCAUAUUAUAAUUACUGGUUUGCAAAAAUUAUUUUUAACCCAAUUAGGUGAAAUUACAUUAUCUCCCACGGCACACCAGACUGUAUCUCACGGCACAGUGGUUGAAAAACACUGCUCUAGAGAGAGGAGAUCCUUCACUGUAGGGAUGGUAUUGGCCUGGUGAUGAGCGGUGCCUGGUUUCCUCCAAACAUGUCGCCUGGCCUUUACGUCAAAGACUUCAAUCUUUGUCUCAUCAGGCCAGAAAAUGUUUGUUUCUCAUGGUCUGAGAGUCUGUCACUUUGUAACUAAGAAAUGGCUUCCGUCUGGCCACUCUACCAUACAGGCCUGAUUGGUGGAUUGUUGCAGAAAUGGUUGUCUUUCUGGAAGGACAAUCUAUCCAACCUGAUGGAGCUUGAGAGGUGCUGCAAAGAGGA